CGCCCGCGGAGCGCGGGGCGCGGGCGGAGGAGCCGCCGGGCCGAGCCCCCCGCGCCGUUCAGUGACUGUGCCCCCCGUUCUCCACCCCCCCGCCCGUUGCCCAUGGCCGUGGAGAGCCCGAGUGUCCCCCCCGCCGCCGCCGCCUCCCCCCCCAGCCCGCACUGCACCCCCCCUUCUCCGUCCUGCCACGGCAGCUGCAGCCUCCCCCGGCCGCCGCCGCCGCUCCAGCACGGCCCGGACGAAAGGGAGGAUGGGGAGCUGGAGGAGGGGGAGCUGGAGGACGAUGGGGGGGAGGAGGAUCAUUCCCAAUCCCAAUCCCAGGAAAAGGGGAGGAGGGAGAAGGGGGAGAAGCACCACAGCGACUCGGACGAGGAGAAAUCCCACCGCAGGAUGAAGCGGAAGCGGCGGAAGGAGAAGGAGAAACGGAGAUCCAAGAAAAAACGCAAAUCCAAGCACAAGCGUCACGCCUCGUCCAGCGACGACUUCUCCGACUACAGCGAGGACUCGGAAUACAGCCCGGCCGAAAAGGGGCACUCCAGGAAAUACCGGGAAUACAGCCCCCCUUACUCCUCCCACCAGUAUUCCCAGUGCCACUCGCAGGGCCCCAAGAAGGGCUAUCCCAAGGAUUCCAAGGGCUCCUACGGCUCCUACGAGGAAUUCGAGGCCGAGGAAUUCGGGGCCUUCGAGGGGGAGGAGGACGAGGAGCCCCCCAAGGACGACUACGACGACUUCGCCAAGGAGCUGGGGCACUUCCGCAGGGCCAAGGACGGCGCUGCCCGAGCCAGAGGAGGCCGAGGCCGUGGCCGUGGAUUCCGUGGCCGUGGUGGCCGUGGGGGGCUGCGGGGCCGGGCCGGGCUGAGGGGCCGCGGCCGCUCCCGAGGGGAAAUCCCGGACGACGACGACGACGGAUACGACGACGACAUGGAGUACUGUGACCCCGAGGAGGCUCCGGGCGACGACGACUACGACGAUUAUUCCAAGGAAUUGUCCCAGUACCGACGGAGCAAAGAGCGAGGCCGCGGGCUGCCCCGUGGCCGCGGGCGGGGCCCCCGCGGGAGAGGCCCCAAAGGUCCGGGAAGGGGCCGCGGGAGAGGCCGGAGCGGGAUCGGGAAACCCGGGAUCAACGACGACGACGACUACUACGACGACGACAUGGCGGAGGGCGGGAAUUGCGGGAAUUACCGACGGAACGACCACGACAAGUCCCACCUGCCCCAGGACAAGAAGGGGAAGGUCAUCUGCAAGUACUUCGUGGAGGGACGGUGCACGUGGGGUGACCACUGUAACUUCAGCCACGACAUCGAGCUGCCCAAGAAGCGGGAGCUGUGCAAGUUCUACAUCACCGGGUACUGCGCCCGCGCCGAGAGCUGCCCCUACAUGCACGGGGAUUUCCCGUGCAAGCUGUUCCACACCACGGGGCUCUGCAUCAACGGCGACGACUGCAUGUUCUCCCACGCCCCCCUCAGCGACGACACCCGCGACCUGCUCGACAAGAUGCUGGCCGACGACGCCGAGGCGGGAGCGGAGGACGAGAAGGAGGUGGAGGAGCUGAAGAAACAAGGGAUCAACCCCCUGCCCAAACCCCCCCCGGGCGUGGGGCUGCUGCCCACCCCCCCCCGGCCCCCCGGGCCCCCCCCCGCGCCCCCCUCCCCCCCCGGCAGGGGCCUCCCCCCCCCCGGGCCCCCCCCGAUGCCCCCCGGGCCCCCCCCGAUCCCGGGGGAGCCGCUGGAGCCGCCCCCGGAUCCCUUCAAGAAGAUCCCGUCGCUCUUCGAGAUCGUCGUCCGGCCCACCGGGCAGCUGGCCGAGAAACUGGGCGUCAGGCACCCGGGGCCGCCCCCCCCGCGAUUCCCGGGCCCCGGAGGCCCCCCCGGGCCCAUUCCCGGCCCCCUCCACCCGGAGCUGCACCCCGACCUCCACCCCGACCUCCACCCCGACCUCCACCCCGAAAUCCCCAUGGGACCCCCCCUGGGCCCCCCGGGCCCCCCCCUGCUGCCCUACGGGGGCGGGGGGGGCCCCGAGGGGUCCCCCCAUUCCCAUUCCCACCCCCAUUCCCACCCCCACCCCGGGCUGAUCCCGCCGGGGCCGGGACAGGGAUUCUACGACUCCUUCUACCCCCCCCAGGAGGGGAUGGACAUGGAGCCCGGAGCCCUGGGAGACACAGACGACUACGGCGGGUACGAGCCCCUGGAGGGGCCGGGGGGGGAUCCCCUGUUCCCGGAUCCCUCCCUGGAUCCCGAGGGGCUCUGCGAGGGCCCCCCCGGGCUGGGGAAGGGCCCCGGCAUUCCCGGCAUUCCCGGCAUUCCCGAGUUCCUGCCGUCGGCGCAGCGGGCGCUCUUCCUGCGCAUCCAGCACAAGCAGCACGAGGACGAGGAGCGGGCACGGAGAGGGGGAGAGCCCGGGAAAACAGAGCGGGACAACGAGGAAGGCGAUCCCGGGAACUGGUACUCCAGCGACGAGGACGACGGCGGCAGCAGCGUCACCUCCAUCCUCAAAUCCCUGCGGCAGCAAAGCUCCGGGAGACCCCCCAACAACCCCCCCGGGGACCCCCCCAGCGACCCCCGGCUGCAGAGACCCCCCCGCCCCUCCGACCCCCGGCUCCGGGACCCUCGGCUGGCCCGGAAUUCCGAACAGCUCCCGCUUCCCACGGAUCCGGGCCCCUCGGACCCUCGGCUGGCCCGGCACGGCCCCCCCCGGGCUGAGCCCCCCUCCCAACCCCCCAGAGGGCCCUGUGGGACCCCCGAGGAGGAGGAGGGGGAGCGGCUGCUGCGGGACAAGGCCCUGCCCAUCCCCCUGGAGCCGCUGCCGGGCCAUUCCCAGCGGGAUCCGCGCUCCCAGCUCCAGCAGUUCAGCCACAUCCGCAAGGCCGUGGUGCUGCCCAAGCCGCCCUUCGCCCGCGGCGUCCUGUGGAGCCCCGAGGACCUGAUCCCGCUGCCCCUGCCCAAGCAGGAACCUCCCCCCCUGGCCCUUCCUGCCGCCCUCCAGGCCGCUCCAGGAUCCGAUCCCCGCCUGCUCCGGGCGCCCUCGGACCCGCGGAGAGCCGGGGGAGAGCCCGGAGCCGCCCCGGCUUCAUCCUCAGCCUCCUCCUCCUGCUCCUCCUCCUCCUGCUCCUCCUCCUCCUGCUCCUCCUCCUCCUCCGCCCUGCCGGACUUCGAGCUGCUCUCCCGCAUCCUGCAGACUGUCAACGCCUCGGGGGGGGACAAACCCAGCGACCCCCGCGUCAGGAAAAACCCCCCCCCGGCCGACCCCCGCCUCCAGAAAUCCCUGGAGAGCAGCAGGGAGAGCGGGAAUUCCGGGGGCGGGGACUCCGGCCCCGCCAUCGCUCCCUACGACCCCCGGCUGAGCUGGGGAGGGGGCGGCCAGAGCAGCAGCGUCCUGAGCAACAUCAGCCUCUACGACCCCCGCGCCGCCCAGAGCCCCGAGGGGGGGGGAACCACCACCACGGACGGGACCCCCGGCCCCAAAAACACCCCCCCCGGUGGCGGCGGGAAGGCCAAGGAGCCCAGGGAGCCCAAGGAGCCGCCGUUCGUGCGCAGAUCGGCGCUGGAGCCGCCCCCGGACACGGACAGGGCGGAGCCGCCCGACAGGUACAACAACAGCUACAACCGCCCCCGCCCCCGGGGGGGCAACAGCAGCACCAACAACCCCCCCCCGGGGGGCAGCAGCAGCACCACCACCAACAACAACCCCCCCCAGGGCGGCGAGGGCAACCCCCAGCCCGCCCUGCACAACCUGCCCGUGCCCCCCCCCCUGUACGGCAGAGCCGGGGCCGCCAAGGCCGCGGGGACCCGGCCCGGAGCCGGGAGCCCCUUCCCGGGAAACAGCCCCGGAGCCGGGAGCCCCUUCCCGGGAAACAGCCCCGGCCGGGAACCCCCCGAGGACGCGGCGUCGCUCAAGGAGGUCUUCAAGGGCUUCGACCCCACGGCCUCGCCCUUCUGCCAGUGAGGGGGCCCUGAGGGCGCCCCAAAAUCCGGCCAGAAUCACCCCAAAUCACCCCAAAAACCCCAAAUCCACCCAAAAAUCC